AUUUGUCACACUCAUACAUAGCACCAUGGAUCAGGUGAAGAGAUUUUACCACGAUUUCUUCCAUAUCAAGAUGCAUAACUUCAGUCGCAUCAGCAGAUGCGUUGUCGACUCGGUUCUUUUCCUCUACCGAUUCGUUGCAUUGCAUGUUCAUCCAUUAUGGAUCCAACUCUCAUAUUUCAUUGCCAUUGAUAUACUCGGUUCAGUCCUCUUGAUGUCGCUGAAACCAAGCAACCCUGAGUUCAGCCCUCCUUUUAUUGACAUGCUAUACUUGUCAACUUCUGCUCUCACAGUUUCCGGCCUUAGCACCAUCAAAAUGGAGGACCUCUCAAGCUCCCAGAUUGUGGUCUUGACACUGCUCAUGCUUGUAGGAGGGGAGAUCUUUGUUUCGCUCCUAGGCCUCAUGCUCAGAGUGAAUCAUCAAGACAACCAAGAUCUUCCAAGCGUGAAGAUCAGCUCAGUUCCCGUUGAACUUGAAGCUAUAGAUGGUGAUGAUUUUCCGCUUGACGAAGCAGCUCAUUCAAAUCCACCUAAGAGUUCUGAAGAGUUUAAGAGGAGAAGGUCUGUCAAGCGCUUAGGAUAUGUGGUCUUUGGGUACUUUUCUGUGAUCCAUGUCGUGGGCUUUCUGCUGGUUCUUCUGUAUAUAACUCGUGUGCCAACUGCAAGCGCGCCACUGAACAAGAAAGGGAUCAACAUCGUGCUCUUCUCAAUGUCGAUCACCGUCGCCUCCUUUGCUAAUGCAGGGCUCGUGCCGACGAAUGAGAACAUGGUCAUCUUCUCAAAGAAUCCAGGCCUCUUGCUACUGCUCAGUGGCCAGAUUCUCGCAGGCAACACACUGUUCCCUCUUUUCCUGAGGAUGCUGGUAUGGUUCCUAGGGAGGCUGACAAAGGUGAAGGAUCUGCGGCUCAUGAUCAAGAACCCUGAGGAGAUGCAUUUUGGUAGUUUGCUUCCAAGGUUGCCAACUGUGUUUCUAUCCUCAACUGUCAUUGGCCUGGUAGCAGCUGCCGCCACAUUGUUCUGCGCUGUUGACUGGAAUUCUUCAGUGUUUGAUGGGCUCAGCUCUUAUCAGAAGACUGUCAAUGCAUUCUUCAUGGUGGUGAAUGCGAGGCACUCAGGGGAGAAUUCCAUCGACUGCUCGCUCAUGUCCCCCGCCAUUGUAGUACUAUUCAUCAUCAUGAUGUAUUUGCCAUCAACAACAACAUUUGCACCAUCCAAUGGAGAUACUAAAACCACCAAUGAGAACACGAAAGGCAGGAGAUGGUCAUUUGUGCAGAACUUCGUCUUUUCACCGCUUGGGUGUAAUGCCAUCUUUGUGAUAGUUGCCUGCAUCACUGAAAGGAGAAGGCUCAGAAACGAUCCACUCAACUUCUCCACCUUGAACAUGAUAUUCGAGGUCAUCAGCGCAUAUGCCAACGCAGGGUUAUCCACUGGUUACAGUUGUUCAAGGCUACAUCAGCUGCACCCAGAGAUCAUCUGCCAGGACAACCCAUACAGCUUUUCUGGAUGGUGGAGCGAUGGAGGAAAGUCUCUGCUGGUCUUGGUCAUGCUUUAUGGCAGACUUAAGGCCUUCAGUAUGGGCACUGGUAAAUCUUGGAAGGUGGCACACAGCUGAACAACACUACUUGCAAAAGCAUGUGUAUUGGAUCGGUAUAACCAUUGUCAGCAUACUGCCUGAAGAUUCAGGUUUCUAGUUGGAUCAUAGUAGAUAAAUAUACAUAUCUGUUCGUCCAUGUUGCACUUGCAACAGAAAACACAUUUGUUUCCACCACUCAAAUGUGCUUUGAUCUUUAUGUUAGCAGUCAAGAUCAAGAAAUCAAUGCAACUAAAGCAAUGAGCCAUCUGUCCUCAUGUUGAUG